AUGAGUGUUUGUGUGGAGGAAGAGGAGGACAGAGCAGCUUCUCCAGCUCCCAGCUGUCUAUCUAUGAAGAGUGACCGGUCCAAAAGGUUUCCUCUGAACUUCAGUAAUGAACCUGGACCCUCAGACACAAAACUGACCGACGUCCACAAGAUGAGUGUUUGUGUGGACGAAGACGACAGAGCCGCGUCUCCAGCUCCUAGCUGUCUAUCUAUGAAGAGUGACCGGUCCAAAAGGUUUCCUCUGAACUUCAGUAAUGAACCUGGACCCUCAGACACAAAGAAGAUGAGUGUGUCUGUGGAGGAUCAGUUGUCCUGCUGUUCUUUGUGUCAGGACAUCCUGAGGGAUCCAGUCUCUACCAAUUGUGGACACUGGUUCUGCAGACAGUGCAUCAACUCAUACUGGGGCCAGUCUGCUUCAUCAAGAGACUCCUCCUGUCCCCAGUGUGGAAAAAGAUCCAAAAUAAGAUCCAGACUUCAGAUACACAGUCAGACCAUCACUGUACAAAUGAAUGUUGCUCUCUGGGAGGUUUUAGAUAAACAUCAGAUCAGUCUGAAGGAGAGAUCUGAAUGUGUGACUGAAGGCACUGAUGAAAAAGGAAGUGAAAUCCCCCUCAACACCAUCUACACUGAGCUCUACAUCACAGAGGGACAGAGUGAAGAGGUCAAUACCCAACAUGAAGUGAGGCAGCUUGAGAGAGCUUCGAAGAUGGAGACCCUCCAUGACACUCCAAUCAGGUGUCACGACAUCUUUAAAGUCUUACCUGAGCAACACAAAUACAUCAGAGUCGUCCUUACAAAUGGCGUAGCUGGCGUUGGAAAAACGUUCUCUGUGCAGAAGUUCACUCUGGACUGGGCAGAGGGUUUUGAAAACAACGAUAUCAGUCUGGUGAUUCUGUUAUCGUUCAGGGCACUGAACUUGAUCAAAGAUAAGCGCUACAGUCUGAUCAUGCUGAUCCAUGUUUUCCAUCCAACAUUACAGAAACUCACAGCAGAGAUGCUCGCUGUCUGUAAAGUUUUGUUCAUCUUUGAUGGCCUGGAUGAAAGCAGACUUUCACUGGAUUUCUUAAACAAUGAGGUCGUGUCUGAUGUUACACAGAAGACAUCAGUCGAUGUGCUGUUGACAAACCUCUUCAUUGGUGUUCUGCUUCCCUCAGCUCUUGUCUGGAUAACUACCCGACCUGCAGCAGCCCAUCAGAUCCCUCCAUUAUGUGUUGACAGGAUAACAGAGGUACGAGGCUUCACUGACUCCCAGAAGGAGGAGUACUUCAGGAGGAGAUUCAGUGAUAAAAAGCUGUCCAGCAGAAUCAUCUCACACAUCAAGACAUCCAGGAGUCUCCACAUCAUGUGUCACAUCCCAAUCUUCUGCUGGAUCACUGCUACAGUUCUGGGCCACAUGUUGACUACAGACCAGAGAGGAGAGCUGCCCAAGACCCUGACUGCCAUGUACUCACACUUCCUGCUGGUUCAGACUAAGAGGAAGAAGCACAAGUAUGAUGAGAGACAUGAGACGAGUCCACAGGAACUGACGGAGGCUGAUGGUAAAGUUCUUUUGAAUCUGGCGAGGCUGGCGUUUGAACAUCUGGAGAAAGGAAACAUCAUAUUCUACCAAGACGAUCUGGAGCGGUGUGGUCUUGAUGUCACAGAGGGCUCUGUGUUAUCAGGAUUUUGUACAGAGAUCUUCAAAAGAGAGAGUGUGAUCUUCCAGAAAACAGUCUACUGCUUUGUUCAUCUGAGUGUUCAGGAGUUUCUGGCUGCAGUCUACAUGUACCACUGUUACACCAGCAGCAACAUAGAGGUACUGAAGGACUUCCUGGGACAAAAGCCUUUUUACAAGAAGAUGUUGCAUUUCUUCCUGAUGGGAGCCAUGAAGAAAUCUCUUGAAAGUGAAAAUGGCCAUCUGGACCUGUUUAUUCGCUUCCUUCAUGGCCUCUCUCUGGAGUCCAACCAGAGUCGCUUAGGAGGCCUUCUGGGUCUGACAAGUAACAGUCCAGAAAUCAUCAAAAAAGUCAUCAAAAACUUGAAGGAGAUGAACAGUGAGGAUAUCUCUCCUGACAGAAGCAUCAACAUCUUCCACUGUCUGAUGGAGAUGAACGACCGCUCAGUACAUCAGGAGAUCCAAGAGUUCCUUAAGUCAGAGAACACAUCAAAGAAGCAACUCUCUGAGAUUCACUGCUCAGCUCUGGCCCACAUGCUGCAGAUGUCAGAGGAGGUUCUGGAUGAGUUAGACCUUAAGAACUACAACACAUCAGACCAGGGACGACAGAGACUGAUCCCAGCUGUGAGGAACUGCAGAAAGGCUGUACUUGAGAACUGUGGACUCUCAGAGACUCACUGUGAAGUUGUGGCCUCAGCUCUGAAGUCCAACCCCUCCCAUCUAAGAGACCUGGACCUGAGCUUCAACAACAUGAAGGAUUCAGGAGUGAAGUUUCUGUCUGCUGGACUGGAGAGUCCAAACUGUAGACUGGAGACUCUAAGGCUUGCUAGCUGUGACCUCUCAGAGAGAAGCUGUAAAGCCCUAUCCUCAGUCCUCAGCUCUCAGUCCUCUUGUCUGAGAGAGCUGGACCUGAGUAACAACAAUGUGCAGGAUUCAGGAGUGCAGCGGCUAUCUGCUGGACUGGAAAGUCCCAACUGUACACUGGAAAUUCUCAGGCUGAGUGGCUGUAACCUUUCAGAGAAAAGUUGUGCAGCUUUGUGCUCAGUUCUCAGCUCUCAGUCUUCUAGUCUGAGAGAGCUGGACCUGAGUAACAACAACCUGCAGGAUUCAGGAGUGAGGCUGCUGUCUGCUCGAUUGGAGUGUCCAAACUGCAGACUGGAAACUCUCAGUUUGUCAGGAUGUCUGAUCACAGAGGAAGGCUGUGUUUCUCUGGCCUCAGCUCUGAGCUCCAAUCCCUCUCAACUGAGAGAACUGGACGUGAGCUACAAUCAUCCAGGAGACUCAGGAGAGAGGUUGCUAUCUGCUGGACUGAAGGACCCACACUGGAGACUGGACACACUCAGGGUGGACCAUGGUGGACUGCACAGACUGACACCUGGUCUGAGGAAGUAUGCCUGUGAACUGGAACUGGACUCAAACACAACAAAUGGAUUCCUCAAAGUGUCUGACAACAACAGGAAGGUGACACAUAUGGAGGAGGAUCAGUUAUAUCCUCUUCACCCAGACAGAUUUGACUACUAUCCUCAGCUGCUGUGUAGAAAUGCUCUGACUGAUCGCUGUUACUGGGAGGUCAGCUGGAGAGGAGUGGUUAAUGUAUCAGUGAGCUACGGAGGAAUCAGAAGGAAAGGAGACAGAGCUGACUGCUUGUUUGGAAGGAAUGAUCAGUCCUGGAGUCUGAGCUGCUCUCAGGUUGGAUACUAUGUUUGCCACAAUAACAGAAUAACACCCAUCUCCUCCUCCACAUCCUCCUCUUCCCUCUCCCCCUCCUCUGCCUCUAACACAGUAGCAGUGUAUGUGGACUAUCCCGCUGGUAUUCUGUCCUUCUACAGAGUCUCCUCUGGCACACUGAUCCACCUCCACACCUUCAACACCACAUUCAGUCAACCUCUGUACGCUGCAUUUGGGUUUCAGCUGUGGUUCUGGCCCGAUUCAUCAGUGUCACUGUGUUCUGUGUAG